AUGUAUAAACCAUCGGCUAGAGUGCUAUGUUUUGAAAGACAUGCGAGAUGGCUGUCAUCAAGUAUUAGACGUGGGACAAGCGCGACUCCGCCAAUAGGAUCCAACGAACUGAACACUGAUUCAGAUCGUGGUAAUGCUAGAGCUGCAGCUGAUGUUGAAGGUGUGGCAAGUCGGUUAUCCGCUGCCCCCCCAGCGCGCAAACCCAGGGAGAACAGAAGAAGGAUCACAGAGUUUAAAGAUGCGCUUAAUUUAGGCCCAUCCUUUGCGGAUUUUGUUUCAGGGAAGGCUUCAGACAUGAUCCUGGAUCCACUAGAAAAGGCAAGACAGAAUACAGAGGAGGCCAAAAAAUUACCACGUUGGCUUAAGGUUCCUAUUCCCAAAGGAACCAACUAUCAUAAAUUAAAGGGUGAUGUGAAAGAACUAAAGCUAAGUACAGUCUGUGAAGAGGCAAGGUGUCCCAAUAUUGGCGAAUGCUGGGGUGGUAAGGAUAAAUCUAAGGCGACGGCUACCAUUAUGCUACUUGGUGAUACCUGUACUCGUGGAUGUAGAUUUUGUUCAGUAAAAACCAAUAGAGCACCUAGUAAACCUGACCCAAUGGAGCCGGAGAAUACCGCAGAAGCCAUCAAAAGAUGGGGAUUGGGUUACGUUGUAUUGACUACUGUUGAUAGAGAUGACUUGAUUGAUGGUGGUGCCAAUCAUUUAGCCGAAACCGUCCGUAGAAUUAAGCAGAAGGCUCCAAAGACCCUGGUAGAAACUCUUUCCGGUGAUUUCAGAGGAGAUUUGAAGAUGGUGGAUAUUAUGGCACAAUGCGGACUUGAUGUCUAUGCACACAAUUUAGAAACAGUGGAAGCACUAACGCCACAUGUUAGAGACAGAAGAGCUACUUAUAGACAAUCUUUAAGUGUUUUGGAAAGGGCGAAAAUGACAGUUCCCACACUGCUUACUAAAACUUCUAUAAUGUUGGGUUUAGGAGAAACUGAUGAACAAAUUAUACAAACUAUGAGAGACCUGCGUGACAUUGGAUGUGACGUAGUUACUUUUGGCCAAUACAUGAGACCAACAAAGAGACACAUGAAAGUCGUGGAGUAUGUAAAGCCCGAAAAGUUUGACUACUGGAAAGAAAAAGCCUUAGAGAUGGGAUUCUUGUACUGCGCUUCUGGACCCUUAGUGAGGUCUUCGUAUAAAGCUGGUGAAGCAUUCAUUGAGAAUGUUUUGAAUAAGAGAAACAAAAACUAG